CAUUUUGUGCUGGGCAGUGCCGUCUUUCAUCCUGCUUAAUGUGCAAGCGGACAAAAGCAUCACAACAUCCCAGUGAGCGCAUCCCUGACACUGCUAGAGACUGACACACUCUCCUCACACACGCACACUACACUACACAAGAUUGGCAUUGGGAAGAUGGCAGAAGGUGCAGUGGACUUGGGUGAGCUGGCGAAAUCCUUCAAGAAGUUUGCGGUCCAUGGAGAUACCAAGGCCAGCGGUCAGGAGAUGACCGGAAAGAACUUUGUCAAGCUGUGCAAGGACUGCCGUGUCAUUGAUGGAAAAAACAUCACGACCACCGACGUGGACAUAGUCUUCAGCAAAGUCAAGCCGAAGUCAGCCAGGGUGGUGAACUUUGAGCAGUUCAAGCAGGCUCUGAAGGAGCUCGCCCCCAAGAGAUUCAAAGGGAAGGGAGAGGAAGAGGCACUGCAGGAAACCUACCGUCUGAUAGCGGGCAAAGAGCCGGCCAACAUCGGGGUGACCAAAACAGCAAAGGCAGGCGCGGUGGACAGACUGACCGACACGGCCAAGUUCACCGGCGCGCACAAGGAACGCUUCGACGACACGGGGAAGGGGCGUGGCCGGGCGGGGCGGGAGGAACUCCCGGACACCAGCGGCUACGUGGGGGCGUACAAGGGGGCGGGGACCUACGAGGAGAAAGUGAAGGAGAACCAGUAAGAAAGACAGCGCCCCCCUGCUGCCAGCCUCCGCAACUGCAGCUUCAGAAAACACCAAAAUAUUAGACGGCAUGCAACAUUAAGUGUUCAUUUUACUUACAGUUAAAAUGCAUUUGUUCCAAUGAUUUUACACUGCAGCCUUUGGGAAAAACUGUGGAGGUCAGUUUUUAUGAAUUUUAUUGCACAUUGCACAGCACCUUGAUUUCGUUGGUGAUUUCUGACAUGCUGUGUAAAUUCCCUGUCACCACUAAUACUGUAUAUUGUGAUUGUUAAGCAACCAGCUCUAAGCUAGAAUGCAUUGCUGUGCCAGCCUCACGCAGUUCUUAACCCAUCGAACCCUGUGUCCCGUCUCUUACUGUACGUUGUCUUCUUCUUAUAGUAGAUUCUACAGUGUUAUUUUUAAUUCUCACGGUAUUUGUGUGUGUGUGUUUAUUUAUUUAUUUAUUCAUGUAUUUAUUUGAUAUUGUUUUAAGCAUAAUGUCACUAUAAUAUCAUUCCGUGUCUCCAGUUACACGCACAUAUGUGUGUGUGUUUUUCCUUUACCUGGUUUUAAGAUAGUUUGGAGAAUCCUAACUGCCUGCACUGAACACCCUUCCCCAUUCCAUUCCUAUCAUGUGACAAACGGACUUUUAAACUAGUCCCAUCUGCUCCUCAAAUACAGAGUUUACUGUAGGAAGGGGCGAACAGAGUUGGUUACAGCAUGGUGUGAAUGGAAUGAGGAAGGCUCGGCAGUUAGUAUUCUCCAACACCAACAUGCUCAGAUCCAUGGUCCCGAUCGGAUUGUAACUGUCAGUACCACUGCAACUAGAACGCUAUGCUUCCUCCCUCGCUGUUCUGUUCAAAUCUUUGUUAACUGAAGCUAAGAAAAAGCAGGCUGUUUGAUCUCACAUGUCUUCCACGGCGUUCUCUGCACUAAACAGUGCUUCCGCUGGCCUCUGUUUGUGUGUGUGUAGCGAAGCAUCCACUGUAUUUUGUGUCACGCUAACUGUCAGCUGUGCCUUGGCCGUUUUAUUUCCGUCUUGAGAAAUAAAUAUGAUUCAAACUG